AUGAUCUUCCUCAAAACUAUGCUGCGGGUUGUGGACAACUCUGGCGCAGAGCUUGUCGAGUGCAUCAAGGUUCUUGGCAAGAAGCCAACCAACCACGCCAACAUCGGCGACAAGGUCGUUGUCGUUGUCCAGAACGCAAAGUCUCUCAACCAGCAUCUCACAGGCGCAAGUGCCAGCAACAGAGUGAAGAGAGGUGACAUCUGUCGCGCGGUGAUUGUGCGCACGAAGUCGCCAACCCUCAGACCUGACGGAAGUGUGAUAAGAUUCGACGACAACGCAUGUGUCCUGAUCAACCAAAAGGACGAGCCAAUCGGAACGAGAGUGAACGGAGUGGUUGCUAGAGAGCUUAGACGUAAGAACUUCAACAAACUUGUGUCCUUGGCUCCAAAAGUGGUGUAA